UUCAGUUCAUAUUUCGAUUCUUCACCUCUGCAGAUGGAAAAAAUCCGAACUUGGAGGAAAACGUUGCUGAUUUGCUAGGAGAUAUUUGACAGAACUGUUCCCAGAUGGUGCAUUACUUUGUGAUCAAGAUCGCUUAAAGAAAUGGGUUUGGCUGUUUGUGUUGGUAAUUCUCCUCUUGUAUCUAUGGAACUGAGGUGGGCAAGAAGAAAAUCUGAUAAUGCUGCAUCGACAUUUCCUCGAUCCAUUCCUAUAUAUAUCUCUACGUUGAAGACAGACAUAAAUUUAGAGGAAUUGAGAAAUUUGUUUUCACAUUGUAACCACUCUUGCAAUCGUUUGUCCGAGAAUGGCAGCAACGUCGAAAAGAUUGUUGACAUGAAGAAGCUGCAGACAGCUAUCUCCCACAGCGAUGUUGUUGUCUCUGUGUUUUGCAAACCUCGUCACGCGGAUCUUCAUGAUGCGGCUUUGUACACUGACGAAGAAAGUUUGGCUUCAUCUUUGUAUCCUUCAGAGUUUAGGAGACAAUAUAAGGAUGAGAGUUCUCUGGGAGACUUGCUUCAUAAUGCUUUACCUCUCACUCCUUCCACUGGAAAGCUUGUUGGAUUCGGUCGUGCUUAUUCUGAUUAUGGCUUGACUGCUUCUAUCCACGAUCUAAUGGUUUUACCUUCACUACAACGGAUGGGAAUCGGUAGACUGAUAGUUAACAGAAUUGUCAGGCUUCUCACAAGCAGAGACAUCUACGACAUAGCAGCUCUCUGCUUCGAGGACGAAAGGCCAUUCUUCAAAGCCUGUGGGUUUGGGGACGACAGAAUGGGCUCCACGACGAUGAUGUUCACAAAGAGCUUGGAGAUGUAAUAAACCGAAGAGAGAAGGCAAGGCCAUUGGAUUUUCAGAAACUGCAGGUCAAAGCAAGUUGAAUGAUCACUAAAAUCUUUUCUCGAAUCUCUCUAUGAUGAUCAAAGGAAAAGGCCAAAGAUUCAGUGUCUUUCUUGCAUUUGGAUUUGAAUUAUAGUCAUCAUUUGGAUUUGAUAAUGUACACAAAAGUUUGAAUGUUCACCUUUGAUAAUUAUGGUUUUCCAAAUGAAGUCGUGAUAGUUAUUGUUUGAUUCGAUGAUAAUGCUUCC